AUGUCAGUUGCCGUUGGAAACGCCCAGAGGCCGCUGAUGGAUCAUACGCAAGACAGAGAAGCAACGAUCAAGGCGCUGACGCGGGAGAUUGAGGAACUCCGGGAGAAGAUUAGGGAGAAUGGUCGCCAAAAGCGUGAAGCAGAAGAAGAAGCUGAAAGAGAGCGGAAACGCACCGAAAAGGCAGAGAAACCCAUGCAAGACACCACCAUCAAAGAAUACCUGGACGCCUGUCAGAAACAUCUCUUUGACCGACUCAAAGUUGAGCCCGACAUGGCUCGCGGGCCGCAGGGCGGCCUCACUAACCCAACCAAAAAGUGGUGUCGGACGAAGCUACUGCCCUGGACGAACUUUCUCGACGAUUAG